AAGGCAAAUCUUGAACAUGUAGUUUCACGCAACACUGCUAUGAAGCAAAGAGACGCAAGAAGCAGACAUAAAAGAAACAUAAUUGCAAAACGAACAGCUUUUCGGGGCGAUGGCAAAACAGCCAAGUGCGGGACUGUAAUCGCGGUGAUCGAAAUGUAAUCAACUCGGCGCGAAAUUCCAAAAGAGAUCUGAACAUAGUGUGCAACAAAGUAAAAAUAUUUAGUCCAAGAUUGCUUUCACGUAAAAUCUUCAGAGCAAACGACUGAUGAUUCCGAUGCAAUUGCAACAAAAGUGCGCUCUGUCUGUGAUAUGAUAUUACAUUCUGUAUAUAUCGAGGGCGUGUUUAUACGGAAACAACUUUGGUUAUAUUGCGGCCACCAAAAACUUAUAUACAGUGCUCUAACAAAAGUGUUGACCAGUUAUGAAUUGAAUACAAUGCAUUUUUUACCCUAAAUAAUGAAGUAAUGAGUCAUACAACGCAGUUCGUAACAUCAAUUCCUCAACCUUCAAAUUGAGAAGCGAAUUCGGCUCUCUGCUCCAUGCAAAUGAAAUAGAAAUUAUGAUUUAAAACGACAAGUGACGGAGAACAGUAAAAGCAAACAAAUCUGUUGUUCGAACCAAUCGUGAUCAAACUUGAUAUCAAAAACCAUUAUAAAAUAUGCAAUGGUGCAGUCAGUGAUUUUGUUGUGGCGGAAAAACAUCGAUACAUUGCUCCAAUAUUACAUUACUGUGUCGAUCAUAAUGCAUGUGAAAGCAGUGAGUACAAAGAGUAAAUGUUCGGUCUUUGAAAGAAAUCGGCAUCUUACAUUCGCUCUAGUCAGAGUUUAAAGUGCUAUGCACGAUAAAAGAUUCAACAAUCGUGUCCGAUAAAACUAUUUGUCUGAUUGUUACCCAAGUGAAUACUGUAAAAUUUUAAAUAAACAACUAAACACAUAAAUUAAAAAAAGAUGCCUGAGCUAAUUGGUGUGGGGGAGUUCCUUGAGGAAACUCGAGAGGACUAUAAUUCUCCUACUACAUCCACCUUUGUGUCACGGAUGGCCCAGUGCCGACAAACAAUAGCAACACUAGAAGAGACAUUGGAUUUCGAUCGUGAAGGAUUAACAAAACUAAAAAAGGCAGUUAAGGCCAUACAUAAUUCAGGAAACACUCAUGUGGAUAAUGAGAUGUGUUUGGUCCGAGCAUUGGAACGUCUUGGUUCGGUAGCUUUGUCGAAAGAAGAACCGGAUAUUGGGGCUGCAUUCCUAAAAUUUUCCGUUGUAACCAAAGAGCUGAGUGCACUAAUGAAAACAUUGAUGCAAAACAUCAACAAUAUUGUAAUGUUUCCGGUGGAUUCUUUGCUUAAGUCGGAACUGCGCGGAAUGAAAGGUGAAAUGAAACGACCAUUUGAUAAAGCGGCCAAAGACUAUGAUUCAAAAUUGAUGAAAAUUGAAAAGGAGAAAAAAGCUCUGGCAAAAGAAGUAGGAAUGAUGAGAACGGAAGUGACACCCGCAGAAAUUGCGGAAGAAAUCGAAAAAGAAAGACGUGUUUUUCAGUUACAAAUGUGCGAGUACCUUAUAAAAUUCAACGAAAUCAAAACCAAAAAGGGAAUCGAGUUGCUACAGCACUUGGUGGAAUAUUACCACGCUCAAAAUAAUUACUUUAAGGAUGGUCUCAAAACAAUAGCUCAUUUUGGCACAUACAUAGAAGAACUAAGUAUCAAGCUGCAAACAAUCCGGCACAAACAGGACGAGGAACGUCGAAAGCUACUCGAAUUGCGCACCCUAUUGCGUUCAACGCCAGAUUUUGAUCGCGUAGAGAAUGUUCCAUCCGGUGAUAAGAGUGGAGCCAUUGGAUACUCACUACAUCAAUUGCAAGGCGAUAAAAAUCAUGGUAUUACUCGAAGUGGACAUCUCCUAAAAAAGAGUGAAGGCAAAGUGCGCCGUGUGUGGCAGAAGCGACGAUGCCGUGUGACAGCCGAUGGAUUCCUAGACAUUUGCCAUGCAGAUGAAACAAAAGCACCGACACGAGUCAAUCUACUAACCUGUCAAAUAAAACCUCUUGCAGACGACAGGAAAGGCUUUGACUUAAUUAGUUACAAUCGAUCCUAUCACUUUCAAGCAGAGGAUGAGGCGGAUCAAAAAGCUUGGAUGUCAGUAUUGAUAAAUUGCAAAGAAAAAGCACUGGCUAAAGCGUUCCAACAUGCCAAUCCACAGAUGAGCCCAAGUUUAAUAGAACUGCAAAAAACUGUUAUUAAACAUAUACAAAAUUUACCUGGGAAUGACCAGUGUUGCGAUUGUGGUUCCCGUAAUGAUGUCACUUGGAUAAGUUUGAAUUUCGGAAUUUUGGUGUGCAUCCAAUGCUCCGGGGUACAUCGAGACCUUGGUGUGCAUCAUUCGCGUAUACAAAGUCUAACUUUGGAUAAUCUAACAACUGCACAGCUCCUAGUUGCCCGUGCAAUGGGUAAUAACGCUUUAAAUGAAGUAAUGGAAGCCACCCUUGCACAGGGCAAAUUAACCCCGGAAAGCACUAUGGAGGAACGAUACGAUUUUAUUCGUGCAAAAUAUGUGGCUAAACGAUACGUAAUGCGAACGUGCGCCGAUGAUCGAGAUCUUAGAAAUGAUCUAGAACAAGCGGUCAUCAACGCUGAUCUCGGCCAACUUUUGCAAGUAUGGGCAGAAGGCGCAGAUCUUACCUGUGUUUUACCAUCCUCGGAUUUUGGAGAAACCGCUCUACAUUUAGCAGUGUUGCGCGAAAUGGGUUCAACGCUACACAUUGUAGAUUUUCUCAUUCAAAACAUGACUGCACAAGGAUUGAAUAAGCAAACCAACCCGCCCGGCCCAAUGGAAAUGAGCGGUAAAAACACUGCACUACAUCUAUGCGCUUUACACGAUCGUCGAGAAUGCAUGAAGUUGUUGCUUCGUUCUGGCUGUGACUGCGAUAUACGUAAUUCCCAAAAUAAGCUAGCGUUGGAUAUAGCCAAAGAAAUGGGAAACGAAGCAUGCAAAGAAUUGAUUGAACAUGCGAUGAAGCGCGAGAAAAGUGCAUUUGAUCACAUUAAUACUGAUUGGAAUAUACAUGACGAUGGCUCAACAGACUUUUCUGACGAUGAUACGGCUUUGAUGGAUGAACGAAAAUCGCGUUCCAGACCGCCUAGUUUUGUUGGAGGAGAUUCCCCAGUAGCAUUGCGAUCGCGAUCCUCUACGUGUGACUCAAUUCAAAGUGGUUCAAGUCCAAGUUCAAGUUGUAAUCCUAAUAUUGCGCGAGACCAGCGUCAAAUACCACCAAUCCCUUCAUCUGGUACUAGUCCAAAACAGUUCAACACAUCGACAGUUUUCUCCUCGCAUUAUGCUAGCGGCACCAGUAGUUCUGUACAAAAUUCCAUUGGCAUGAUUGGAGUAUCUGCUCCAACAUCAGGAUCUAGUCCAAUAGGUAACAGCUCCAGUAGCAGCGUUAGGCAGGGAGUUUCAACGUCACAACUAACGUCUACAAGCGUAGCAACCUUUAACACGUCCACAAACAAAAAACCAUCUUCUGUAAAUGUAGGAUCUUUGAAGAAACGGACUGCUCCAGCGCCUCCACCUACAACAUACGGCACGCUACCACAUGCUCCUCGACAUUCACAAAACUUAGACAAUGAAUUGUUUGGAGUUUCGUCGCAGCAUGUUCUACACGGACUUCAUCAUCAUCAUCCAGAUAUGUAUAGUACAUUGCCACAUUUGCGAGGAUCCGACCCGAUAUCUAACAACAGUGCAUCGUCAGUGCCAGCCGCGCUUUUAUCAAGCGAAAUGCGAGGAGGUUCGACUAAAUCAAUGCAAGCACAACUGCUCUUUGAUAACAAAAUAUUUGAUCGGUACGAGCCGUAUACAUCUUCAGGAGCUGCGGUCAGUGUAGGUAGUGGAAACCGUGACCCAAAUUUCUUAAGUACCUUCACUGGAGGCCACAAGCGAUCUCCAAGUGGAGAAUCUCUUGGACGAAACUUAGCUGGCGCUAAGCUGGUCCUGCCGCCUGCCGGAGAAAUCCCUCAACUGAAACCUGUUUCCAACCGUCCCAAGCAGCCAAUACCUUCACAAAUUGCUGUAACGCAAAUAUCUAAUACAGAAAAAUCUUUUGCUAAUGGACAAUCCAAUGAAAGCUUGACAUCUGUUGAUGAUGCUAUUAUUAUGAGACGUAAGAUAAAAGGACCAGCUUCAAGCGCCGGUUAUGACUCAAACUUAGAUGGGGAUACAAAGGAAACAAGUUAUUCCAAAUAUGACACAUCCGGUAUACGUUCUAACGCUUUAGAUAACUCGGUGGCAUCUUCGUCCGGUGGCCAUAUGGAUUCUUUGAAUAGUAGCUAUAGUCGCAAUGAUAAUAGUGGGGAUGCAUCUUGUGUUGAUUUGGAUUCAUUUAAUUUAUCCAGUAGAAGUUUUGGAGGUGCAUUGCGUCGGUGCCGUGCGUUAUACGAUUGUAAUGCUGAUAACGAUGAUGAACUUGAGUUCAAAGAGGGUGAAAUAUUAAUAGUACUGAACGAAAGAACUGACGAUGAAAACUGGAUGGAAGGCCAAAUAGAAGGAGACAGUAUGAGACGUGGAAUGUUUCCGGUUAGUUUUGUACAAAUGAUGGAUGACUAAACGGCUCAAUAUUCUAAUGACUGCGACAAAGUGAAGCCCAAUGAAACAAAUAACUGAUCAAAUUGUACAACCCAUUACUGUUCCUAGUCUCAUACUGACCAAAUGCUUGGAGGAAGCUUAUAUGUGACCAGUACCGGUGCAGUUUUCCUUAUUGUUUUACUUAUAUACUAGCAUUCACUGUUCAGCUCCAUUUUUAUAUUCUAUUAGUAUCCAAUAAUAUAUGACGUACCAUGAUCGUUGCAUAAUGAUGGGAUUUCAGGAUAUGCUAUCUAUUUUUGUGUUCAUGUAAUCGGUUUAAACUGCAACUGUAUAUGGUUAAACGAGGUUUAGCUUACACCAAUGUCGAGCAUAAUUAAUCGUUUGGUUAAGCGAACAUAAGACCUGACGUUCUUAUGUUUCCUUCUGGCUGUUACAUUUUAAACAGAUUAGUCUAAAUAGCAUUUUACUCCUUCCGUUACACAUGUCAUUAAUUCAACACACAGCAAGACAGUCGUUAUAACGUAAGAAUAUAUUAACGUUGUAGUUUUAAUUUCGGCAAUAACCAAUUCAUCAUAAAUAUUGCAAAAAAGUGCAUGCAUUUGUUAAUACAGCUGCUGGGUACGAUAAGCAACAAACACAGUUCAACCAAAAUAGAGGGGCAGUUAUUGUAAUAUAUAUAUAUAUUUAAAAACACGGUAAAUGUCGGUAGCGUGGAACCAUUAUCAUACAUAUGUAUACAGCAUAUAAAAAAUCGCAAAGUAAAUGGGAUAUAUUGAUUGAAACUAACAAUGGAAUAUGCAGAAUUAUUAUAUGUUACAAUACAUAAAAUGAAUGUACGAAAAUUGCACGUGCCAGUAUGUAUAGAAUUUUGCUAAGCAUCUAUUCAAUCAAAUUUAUUUUAGGAAAUAUUUAUAUACAUCUUCUUUAGUUUCAUAUUAAGUUACCUUCAACAUAUGUGUUUUAAAAUAUAUUCUCGGUGAAUUGUUCAAUGUAGCAUCGUAGCUUCUAUGGGAUCACCUUUUAUGUCAGUUUCAUACCUGUAUUUUGGCAUUUGAUAUUGGUUCUGUAGUAUAAUAUUCAAGAAAUCUUUUUCGUCAACAAUAGAAAUAAUACAAGUAAGUGAUAACUGCCAAAUGAUGGAAAAUAUGCAAUCGAAUGGAAAUUGUUUGAAUACUUCUGUCACACUCUUACACAGCAAAGCGUAAUAAUAGUAAUUUUAACAGAAAUUCCUCAUAAAAAAUGUUAGUUGUGACAUAGACUAUCACCAGCAAAAAUUAAUAAAAUCCAUUAAUCAAACCAAAAUGAACAAAAUCACAGAAACAGCUUAUAGUUACUGAAAUCAUUGUAGUAUUUAUCGAAUGAAAUGUUGAACUGCUAAAUAGAUUAAAUGUACAGAUUUCAUUGUUAGACCUCAA